AUGUCAAACACAAAUUCUUCUUCAGACCGCGCCCAGAUUAUGGACGACAUGGCAGCAGCUAAGAAUGGAGAAGCACUGAAUGCCAUGUCACCGACUAGCACACCCCAAUCUAGGGCUCAGCUCAUCCUUGCGCUCGAGGCCUUGCUUCAGGCCAUGAAGCAAAUGGAGGCCCACCUCCAGCUCGAGCUCGAAGCCAACGCUCAAGGUCCAGCUUGA